AUGCAGUUUAACUUUGUUACUGGCGUUGCUAUCCUCUUGGCCAUCCAACCGGUUGUCGCAAGGACAUGCCUUCUCGGCGCCAUUCAAUGCACCUAUAACAGUGGCCGACGCUGCGCCAAGUGGUGUCCGCAACAAAUCUACUGUGAAUGUGCCGGAUUUAAGGAAAAUUACGGCGACCUGGUGAAAGCGAAAUGCAUCAGUGAAUUUACGUGGAUGGGUCGUCACAAUUGCGGCUAA